AUGCGCACCGAAGCCGCAGCUCAACAUAAUUGCAGAAACAGUUCAUCAGAAGUUUUGAGAUUAACUGUGCCACCAAAAGAAGAAGUUGUUGAGCAUUUGCCCAAGUGUUUUAAACAGUUCAGCAAUGUGCGUGUCAUUGUGGACUGUACAGAAAUUCCAAUAGGCCAGCCUAACUGUCUGCGGUGUGCGUUGAAGAGCUAUUCCUUCUAUAAGAAGGGCUUCACAGCCAAAUACAUGGUGACUGUUACACCAAGCGGUCUAAUUGCCCACAUUAGUAAAGGAUAUGGGGGCCGAACAUCGGACAAGGCUAUAUUCGAACAAAGCUGUCUGAUUAAAGAACUAGAUCCAGUCUCGGAUGCCAUCAUGGCAGACCGCGGCUUUCUGAUUGAUGACAUAUGUGCAGACCAUUUAAUUGAAUUAAUCAGGCCUCCAUUCAAAAAGCAACAAAAGCAGAUGUCAAAAGGUGACGCACUUCGAACACAAAAGAUAGCGUCAGCCAGAGUCCACGUCGAGCGUGCUAUACAGCGCAUGAAGAUAUUUAAAGCCUUGUCGACAAGGAUUCCCUGGAGCAUGGUGGGACUACUUGACGACAUUGUGAUAGUGGCGGCUGGUAUCACAAAUUUGUCAUCCCCAAUUUUAGCAGAACAUCGUUUUUUGUGAAUACUUCAAGCGAUUUUGCCAGAGUUGUUUAUCAUGAAAUACUUCACAUCAUAAAAGUUGCUGAAUACGGAAUUAGCUUCUUUUGAGCAUUUUUCAUGAGGCCAAUUAUAACAAUUGCUGGUGUUUAGUGCCAAAACUACGAUAUGAUUAUGAGGCAUGC